AUGUUGAAAAGAAUAAUAGUUCGUUCUUGUGCUGCUACAAUUAUCACCACUUUCGCUAUUAUGGAUCUGGCCAGUGAGAUUUUCCCUAUCAGACCCUCUAGUCACUCUCUAACAUCGGGAACACGGACGACGGUCACGAAUAGAACAGGCCCGAAGCCAGCAAUAUCUCGCCCCAGAGGAGAAAAGGGCAAUUUUUAUAUCAUCGCUGGCCUUGAGCCUCUAAGAAACGACAUCCCGAACUUAAGGCAAGAAGACUUGGGGAGAUCGACUAGAAACGUGAUAAGGUCGGCCUUACAGGAACCGGCUGUCACUGCAGAGAAUGCGCAUAACAUGAAUGAGGCAGGGGUCAUGAUAGGCAUGCUGGGUGUUGACCUUUUGCCACUUGCAACAGUUAUGGGCCUGGAACACACUCAAUCACAUUUAAUCACUGAACACCAGCCUGUUUAA